AUGUCUUACCAGUCGAAUGAUCUUAUCGACCGCCUCAAUUACCAGUAUACGGCAAUGUUAGUGGCGUUGGGAGCUAUCACACUUGCAGCAACACAGUACGUUGGCAAGCCGAUACAAUGUUGGGUCCCUGCGCAAUUCACCGGUGCUUGGGAGAAAUAUGCAGAAACCUACUGCUUUAUUAAGGGAUCCUAUUUCUUACCAGAUGACGAGCAUCCCAAUGAGGACUUUAUUGAAAGAGACAACGCUGUCAUCGGUUACUAUCAAUGGGUGCCGUUGGUGUUAGCACUACAAGCGUUUUUAUUUUAUGCACCAUGUAUCGUAUGGAAAGCUUUAAACUGCUCUACAGGUAUUAAUGUCAAAGACGUUCUCGAGAAUACAGCAAAGGUGAAGAAGAAUGUGACUGUCAAGGAAAGGGAAAAUCAGGUAAUCAAAGCAGCUGCUCACCUUCAAGAUGCCCUAGAACUACAACGCGAGCUAAAAACAGAAGCUGUUUUCCUUUCCAAGCUACGCAAGUCAGGCUAUUUUCUAUCGGCGGUUUAUGUAUUCACAAAAUUUCUCUACGUCUUCAACAUUUUUGUGCAGUUUCAGUUCGCCAUAUUCUCGGCGUUUCUUGGAACUAACAAUUCGUUUUGGGGAUGGGAAAUAUUCACCAACAUCUGGAGUGGUCGUGAGUGGAAUGUUACAGGUCACUUCCCGAGGGUGACAAUGUGUGAUUUCACAGUUCGAGUCCUUGGCGCUCUUCAUCGCUGGACAGUUCAGUGUGUACUGAUGAUCAAUAUGUUCACCGAGAAAAUCUACGUUUUCCUAUGGUUCUGGUUUGUUCUGAUCGGUGUGCUUUCGGUAAUCUCGCUGCUAUAUUGGCUUGUAGCCUUGGUUGGUAGUAAUUUCCAACGAGGUUUUGUUACAAAGUACCUGAGGUGCAUGAGAGAGAUCGGAGUGUCACCAUCAAAAACAGAGGAGGAAAAAGUAGGAGGAUUUGUUCGCAACUACCUAACAUCUGAUGGAGUAUUCAUUCUUCGGCUUAUUCAGACAAAUGGCGGUGAUAUGCUUGCGGGUGAGAUCAUCGUUGCGAUGUUCCGUCAGUACAAGGAACGUCGAAAGACUCCCUUAUCCGAAGACUCUUUCGGUGAUUCACCUGACACAAUGGCAACUCUUGAGCCGUGA